AUGCGCUGGUCGCUCUUGUCCCUCGUUGCUCUACUCGCCCUGCUCAUUGCGGACGUCACCGCACUCCCAAUGCCUCAAGAUGGCUCUUCGGAUCUGGUUCUGGAACGCCGGGCUGCCACUAAACCAAAGAAGGCGACGAAAGCCAAGCUGAGCGCGUUGAAGCUGUUGAGGGCGUCUACCUUCAAGAAGUCUAGCUCAACGUAUCGGAAUGCUGCGCUGAAGAGCAAGAAUCACAUGUUUUCAGUGGGUCGGAAGUCUGGGAGGAUUACUAAAACCAAGCCACCCAAGAAGAUGCCCAAGGGCUGGGAUGCUGGCGCAAACUAUGAAGCAUGCCGCUCAGAAGGCCGGGCACUCCAGAAUGUUGGUUCUGCUUCAGCUCUACUCGAUUAUGCUUUACAGCGUUCAUCACCUUCUAGCUCUCUCGCACCAGCAUUAAAGGCCAUUAAAGAUCGCAUCAACCAUCCAGAUAACAUGGCGUUCCUUGAUCCUGCGACUAACAAGGCUAAGGGGAAGGCGCACACCGCGGUGCAGUCAGGCAAAACGCCAGCAAACGACCGUAAUGUUGCGGACUAUCUUAAGCACACGUCGGAUGCAGGGAAAGCUACUGCAGCUGAUGUGGACCAGAUCUUGAAGACGCAUGGGAUUACGGGCAUUAAUGUUUCAAAGGAGCACAAGAAGGUGUUAAAGGCGCAUGGGGUGAAGAGACGCGAGUACAGUGAUGUGGAUCUGGAUUGA